AUGGCAUCAUCCUCAGGAACGCGAUACUCGCGGCUCAAAGACAAUGAUGACGAGGAGGCAGGUGGUAGCGCAUUUGAAGAGAUUUUAAUGAAACAAGAGCAAAUUAUUCGUGAACAAGAUGAAGAUCUCGUACUCGUUGGAAAUUCGGUGACCACUUUGAAAAACAUGAGCUAUAAAAUAGGCGAUGAGCUUGACCAACAAGCUGUAAUGUUGGAUGACUUAGGACAAGAAAUGGACACGGUUGAUACGAAAUUAGACAGUGUUAUGAAGAAAAUUGCAAAGCUAACUCAUAUGGACGAUGAUAAACGGCAAUGCAAACUUAUCAUGAUUCUCAGCGUUGUGAUAUUCUUUUUGGUAUUUUUGUUAAUUGUGCUGUAG